AUGGCCGGCACGUACAGCUCUACCCUGAAGACUCUGGAGGACUUGACCUUGGACUCCGGGUAUGGGGCCGGGGACUCUUGCCGCUCCCUCAGUCUGUCUUCGUCCAAGUCCAACUCGCAGGCGCUCACGUCGUCGGCGCCGCAGCACCGGGGGGCGGCCUGGUGGUGCUAUUCGGGCUCCAUGAACAGCCGCCACAACAGCUGGGACACCGUCAACACCGUGCUGCCCGAGGACCCCGAGGGCGCCGACCUCUUCUCGCGCUGCCCGCGCCUGCCGGAGCUGGAGGAGUUCCCCUGGACGGAGGCGGACGUGCUGCGGGUGCUGCGCAAGGGCGCGGGCCCGCGGCGCUUGCCCCCCUUCUCGGCCGAGGCCGGGCGGCGCGUGGCGCUGCUGCUGCGCCGGGCGCUGAUCCGCGUGGCCCGCGAGGCGCAGCGCCUGAGCGUGCUCCACGCCAAGUGCACCCGCUUCGAGGUGCAGAGCGCCGUGCGCCUGGUGCACAGCUGGGCCCUGGCCGAGAGCUGCGCGCUGGCCGCCGUGAAGGCGCUCUCCCUGUACAGCAUGAGCGCGGGCGACGGGCUGCGCCAAGGCAAGUCGGCGCGCUGCGGCCUCAGCUUCUCGGUGGGGCGCUUCUUCCGCUGGAUGGUGGACACCCGCAUCUCGGUCCGCAUCCACGAGUACGCGGCCAUCACGCUCGCGGCGUGCAUGGAGAACCUGGUGCAGGAGAUCCGCGCCCGGGCGCUGGCGGCCGCCCAGGGCCCCGACGGCGGCGCGGAGGUGUCGGCCGAGGCGCUGGAGAUGGUCAUCAACAACGACGCCGAGCUCUGGGGCGUCCUGCAGCCCUACGAGCAUCUCAUCUGCGGCAAGAACGCCAACGGUGUCCUCUCCCUGCCUGCCUACUUUAGCCCUUAUAACGAUGGCUCCCUGGGCAAUGAUGAGCGAGCUGACGCUUAUGCCCAGCUGGAGCUGCGGACGCUGGAGCAGUCCUUGCUGGCUACCUGCGUCGGGAGCAUCUCGGAACUGAGUGAUUUGGUUUCCCGGGCCAUGCACCACAUGCAGUGCCAUCAUCCCCUGUGCCCCGGCACCAGCCCAGCCCGCCAGGCCCGCCAGCCUCAGCAGCCCAUCACCUGGUCUCCCGACGCCUUGCACACGCUCUACUAUUUCCUGCGCUGCCCACAGAUGGAGUCCAUGGAGAACCCCAACCUGGACCCGCCAAGAAUGACCCUGAACAACGAACGACCCUUCAUGCUCCUCCCUCCACUGAUGGAAUGGAUGCGCGUGGCCAUCACCUACGCGGAACACCGUCGCAGCCUGACCGUGGACAGCGAUGAUAUCCGGCAGACGGCCCGAUUACUCCUCCCCGGCCUGGACUGCGAGCCCCGGCAGUUAAAGCCUGAAUGUUGCUUCAGUUCCUUUCGAAGACUCGACGCCAAAGCAGCCACUGAGAAGUUCAACCAGGAUCUAGGUUUCCGGAUGCUCAACUGUGGCAGGACGGAUCUCAUCAACCAAGCCAUCGAGGCGCUGGGGCCCGACGGGGUGAACACCAUGGAUGACCAGGGGAUGACCCCGCUGAUGUACGCCUGUGCUGCUGGGGACGAGGCGAUGGUCCAGAUGCUGAUAGACGCGGGAGCAAAUCUGGACAUCCCGGUCCCGAGCAGUUCUCCCCGGUACCCCUCGGUGCACCCCGACAGCCGACACUGGACCUCCCUGACGUUCGCCGUGCUGCACGGACACAUCUCGGUCGUCCAGCUGCUGCUCGACGCCGGUGCCCAUGUGGAGGGCUCUGCGGUAAACAGCGAGGAGGAAAGCUAUGCAGAAACCCCUUUGCAGCUGGCCUCGGCAGCAGGGAACUAUGAGCUGGUGAGUUUGUUGCUGAGCCGCGGAGCUGACCCCCUCCUGAGCACGCUGGAAGCCAGUGGGAUGGCCUCCUCCCUCCACGAGGACAUGAAUUGCUUCAGCCACUCGGCGGCCCACGGGCACAGAAAUGUCCUGAGAAAGCUCCUGACCCAGCCACAGCAGUCAAAGGCCGACGUGCUCUCCCUGGAGGAGAUUUUGGCCGAGGGCGUGGAGGAGAGUGACACUUCGAGCCAGGGCAGUAGCAGCGAGGGCCAGAUCCGGCUCUGCAGGACCAGGAUGAAGGCUCUGCAGGAGGCCAUGUACUACAGCGCAGAGCACGGCUACGUGGACAUCACCAUGGAGCUGAGGACCCUCGGUGUCCCCUGGAAGCUCCACGUCUGGAUCGAGUGCCUGAGGACAUCCUUCUCUCAGUCCCGAUACUCCGUGGUCCAGAGUCUGUUGAGGGAGUUCAGCACCAUCAAAGAGGAAGACUACAACGAGGAGCUGGUGACCGAAGGCCUCCAGCUCAUGUUUGACAUCCUCAAGACCAGCAAAAACGACUCCAUCAUCCAGCAGCUGGCCAGCGUCUUCACCCACUGCUACGGCAGCAGCCCCAUCCCCAGCAUCCCGGAGAUCAGGAAGACCCUGCCGGCCCGCCUAGAUCCUCAUUUUCUGAACAACAAGGAGAUGUCGGACGUGACCUUUCUGGUGGAAGGGAAGCUGUUUUACGCGCACAAAGUCCUGCUGGUGACUGCUUCCAACAGGUUCAAGACCCUGAUGACCAAUAAGUCUGAGCAAGACGGCGACAGCAGUAAGACCAUCGAAAUCAGUGACAUGAAGUAUAACAUUUUCAAGCUGAUGAUGCAGUAUCUCUACUACGGAGGGACUGAGUCCAUGGAAAUCCCCACCGCCGACAUCCUCGAGCUGCUGUCCGCCGCCAGCUUGUUCCAGCUCGACGCCCUGCAGAGACACUGCGAGAUCAUGUGCUCGCAGACCAUCAGCCUGGAGAGCUCCGUGAACAUCUACAAGUACGCCAAGAUCCACAACGCGCCCGAGCUGGCUCUGUUCUGCGAGGGCUUCUUCCUGAAGCACAUGAAGGCCCUGCUGGAGCAGGACUCCUUCCGGCAGCUCAUCUACGGCCGCAGCAGCAAAGUGCAGGGACUGGACCCCUUACAGGACCUGCAGACCACGCUGGCCGAGCGCGUGCACUCGGUGUACAUCACCUCCCGGGUGUGAGCGGCCCCGGGCCUGGGGGGGGGGGUUACCGAGGGCAGCCGCUGGCCGUUCUGUUGGUGGGGAGACCCGUCC